GAAGGAUCUAGCACGCCGUUGGCCCGCUGGGCCGGCGAAUUACCAGAAAGAAGACUUCGUGGGCGUGGACACACAAUUCACGUCCGACAGGGACGGCGGAGGGGGUGCCGUCCCAGUGCGAGAAGCGGCCGCCCGCGGAAUGUGGGAGGUGGUGCGGGCCCUCCGCGACGCGAAUUGCGACGACUUCACCGAGAACAUGCAGCAUCUGCACGAGGGCCGGACGCCGUGGCACGACCUGGCCACCCCCCUGAUGGAGGGGUACAGCGAGGUCAAGGACGACUGCGUGCAGAUGGAUUGGGCCGAGAGGCUGAAGAGUAAGCGAAUGGGCGGGAUGGCGUUCAGGACCGACGGUGAUGGGCGGUUCCCCUUGCACUGGUGCGCGGUGCACAACUACCACCGCCUCGCAGAGCUGCUCCUGCAGGUAGAGAAGGAGGAUACGGCGGCGGAGGCGGGCAUCAACGUGCAGGACGUGAGCGGCUGGACGCCGUGUGCCUUGGCCUGUUACCACGGGCACGCGGACACCCUCAAGGUGUUACUUGGGUCCGAGAGGGAUGCCCACCUCGUCGUCAAGGGCCGGCAGCAGAGCGAUACAACACGGAGUCGUCGUUAUUGGCGAUACUUCCAGACGGUCGUGGGUAUGCGGCCCGCCUUGUCGGUGGUGGCUGAGUGGCCGCCGUCGGCCUUCCACGUGGCACUGCUGCAGAUCCACGAAGGCACCACCAAGUCUGGGUGCGUGUCUUCCGACGUCGUCAAGAUGGCCCUGGAUAUGAUCGAGGUCAUGGCCGAGAAAGAGGAAGCGCGCUGGUACCGCGAAAAGUUCCUUAUCCGGUUCAUAGUCCGACGUGUCGUCGUUUUCUUAGUGGCUUUCGGUCUCGUCUACCUCAACGUCAAGCAGCUCUUCGUCGGGGGGCCUGGCUUUCUCAUCAAGUCUUAUGAUUGGAGCGCCUCCAUAGACAUGGACCGUUUCUUUGAAGACAUGAUCUUCACGGAGGAAUUAUCUGAUGACCACGGAACCUUUUAUGAUAUGGUGGACUUGGACUUGUUCUGGACGUUCUCUGCCGUCAUGGAGGGCGUCCUCUAUCCCCCCGACGCUGAAGAGCAGCCUGGCAUGAUCACCCCCUACACGUACCUCCUCGGGCCUGUCCGCAUGGAGCGGCGCUCUUUCGAAGUGAGUGGCAAUUGCAACGACCAGAUCCCGAACGAAUUUCAGGAUUUCGGCUGGCAGAAGACUUGCAUACUGGGCCAGAGCGCCUGGGCGGCCGCCUCCGACACGGUCGACCUCCCCUCCCGCGACAGGAAUGCAGCGCUCAGCAGCCUCGUUGCCCUCAGGGCAGACGGCUGGCUAGAUAAUAGCGCCUCGGCAGUGAGGGUCCACUUCGCAGCAUACAACACCCAGCUCGGCAUGGUCUACACCUGUACGCUGUCCGUGGCGUUCACGGAGACCGGCCGGGUGAGGCCUUCGAAGGUCAGCCAAAUCUUCCGUUGGGCGCCGCUGGACACAUUGUGGAACGAGAAUUGGGACGUUGGCCUCCUGCUGUUGUUCCUCAUCCUCUACACCGCGGCGUACGUGAUGGAAGAGAUAGGGCAAGCCCGCACCUUGCGGAAGAACUACCUUCGAGACCGCGGCAAUCUGUUCGACCUGUUGUUGGGCGUGCUCCUUGUGGUCAUGUGCAUCAAGCUCGUCGCGAUGCUGGGUCUGGAGAUGGGUCUGAGGGCUGGGCUCCAGGAGGACGAGUUUGUGAACUUCGGCAUCGUUUCCGAAGUAGGGCGCAAUGCCCAGUUCGUCUGCGGCUCGGCGCUCCUCGUGCUGACGCUCCGCUUUAUGAAGCUGCUGCGGCUCCUCCCGCACAUCGGCCCCCAAAUCCAGGCUGUCGCCAAGACGCUGGUGGACAUGAAGGUCAUCCUCUUCCUGCUCUUCGUCAUGUUCCUGGUCUUCGGCGUCGGGGUCGCCAUGAACGCGUGCUUCGGGUCCAGCGCCCUCUCCUACGAGUCCGUCCUCCCCGCGGCCUUCAACAUGAUGUACCGCUUUUUAUACGGCGAUUGGGACGCGGAUGAGCUGACCGAGGACUACACGAUCUGGGGCACCAUCUUCUUCCUCUUGCUCGCUUUCAUGCUCACCGGCACGCUCAGCAACAUCUUCAUCGCCGUCGUGUCGCAGGUGUUCGAGAAGCACAGCGAGAACAGCAUACAAACCUGGAAGAAAGAGGUGAACAAGCAGAUGGCCAUCUGGUACGGGAAGGCUGCCAGCUUGGAGAAUCCGAUAUUCAAGUGAAGAAGGAGAAGGCGCUCCAGAGGGCAGGAGAGCAAGGGAACUUCGCGAGAAUAUCGUAGGGAAUCUCGAGAAGAAGAAAAAGAAGGCGCUCCAGAGGGCAGGAGAGCCACCCCUGUCCGCCCUCGCGGCGGAGGUCCAGCGUCUCGAGAGCACGCAGGCACGGAGAGCCAAAAUACAGCAUUAACAUUAAGCCUCGGGCGUCGGCGUGACGGAUUCCCCGCCAGCGCCAGGUUACCCCUCCUCGCCAGGACCGAGGUUUCCAGGUUUGUCGGAGGUUCCGAUGAUUCCUCUCGCUUCGCGGGGUGCACGCUCGGAACACGUCCUUCCUGAGAGAACAGCAUGUACCCGAAGUCUUCGCCA